UACGAGUUUGUCACUGCUGGUGUGUCACUUUUAAAUGGAAAUAAACGUAUUCUGCUAUGUAAUUUAUGGCUGGCGUAUCUUUUUUCCUCAGACCUGCACUGGAAUGAAACAGCAGGCAGAACUGAAGGGGUAUGGGCAGAUGAAGAGAAUGCAUUUCAACUGAAUAAAAGUAACAACAGUGAAAAUAACAGCAACAGCAAUGCAAUUCAGAAGGAAAUCACACUGCCUUCAAGACUCAUUUAUUACAUCAACAAAGACUCUGAAACCCCUUAUCAUGUCCUGGAUACUAGGGCAAGGCACCAGCAGAGACACAACAAGGCUGUACAUCUGGCCCAGGCAAGUUUCCAGAUUGAGGCCUUUGGUUCCAAAUUCAUCCUUGACCUCACUUUGAAUAAUGAUUUGUUAUCUUCCAAUUAUGUGGAGAUUCACUAUGAAGAGGGGAAACAGAAGUUGUCUAAGGGUGGGGAGCACUGCUACUACCAUGGAAAUAUCAGAGGUAUCAAGGAUUCCAAAGUUGCUCUUUCAACUUGUAAUGGGCUUCAUGGCAUGUUUGAAGACAGUGCUUACGUGUACUUGAUAGAACCGAUGGAUUUGACUCACAGUGCAGAAAGUAGAAGUAGACCACACAUCAUCCAAAGAACUUCUGGAACACAAGCCUCCAAGCAGCUGCAGGACCAUGGGACUGAAUCUAGUUCCAAAUGGCCCUUUAUCUCUGAACUAUUGUGGCUGAAGAGAAAGAGAAGAAGGAGAGCAGCAUCUCGUGGUGUCUUUGAAGAAAUGAAAUAUCUGGAGCUCAUGAUUGUCAAUGACCACAAAAUGUUCAAAAAGCAUCGUUCUUCAAAUGCAUACACAAACAAUUUUGCCAAAUCUGUGGUGAACCUUGUAGAUGCUAUAUACAAGGAACAGCUGAACACCAGGGUGGUCCUUGUUGCUGUGGAAACUUGGACAGACAGAGAUCGUAUUAAUAUUCACCCUGACCCACUGCAGAUGCUUCAUGAUUUCUCCAAGUAUCGGCAGCACUACAUCAAGCAGCACGCUGAUGCUGUGCACCUUCUCUCGAAUGUGACAUUUCAUUACAAAAGGAGCAGCUUAAGUUAUUUUGGAGGGGUUUGCUCUGUGACCAGAGGAGUAGGAGUGAAUGAGUAUGGCCUCCCAUUAGCCAUGGCACAGGAAUUAGCACAAAGCCUUGCUCAGAACCUUGGAAUACAGUGGGAGCCAGCUGCCAGGAAACCGAAGUGUGACUGCACUGAAUCCUGGGGUGGUUGCAUCAUGGAGGAAACAGGGGUAUAUCAUUCCAGAAAAUUCUCCAAGUGCAGCAUAGCAGAAUACAAAGAAUUUUUACUUCGUGGGGGAGGUGCCUGUCUUUUCAACAGGCCAACAAAGCUCUUUGAAACUACUGAGUGUGGAAAUGGUUAUGUAGAAGCAGGAGAAGAAUGCGAUUGCGGUUUUCGAAUGGAAUGCUAUGCAGACUGUUGUAAGAAGUGCUCUCUUUCUAAUGGAGCUCACUGUAGUGAUGGACCCUGCUGUAAUACAUCGUGUCUUUUUUUUCCACGAGGCUAUGACUGUAGAUAUGCUGUGAAUGAAUGUGAUAUUGCAGAGUUCUGCACGGGAGAUUCUGGCCAGUGUCCACCAAAUCUUCAUAAACAAGAUGGAUAUGCUUGUGAUUCUAAUCAGGGACGUUGCUAUAACGGUGAAUGCAAGACAAGAGAUAAUCAGUGCAAAUAUAUCUGGGGAUCUAAGUCUUCAGGAUCUGACAAAUUUUGCUAUGAGAAGCUUAAUACAGAAGGCACAAAAAAAGGAAACUGUGGAAAGGAUGGAGACCGAUGGAUUCAGUGUAGCAAACACGAUGUUUUCUGUGGCUUUCUGCUCUGCACUAAUCUUACUAAAGUUCCACGAGUUGGUCAAGUUCAAGGAGAAAUUAUCCCAAAUUCUUUUUAUCAUCAAGGACGAAUAGUAGACUGCAGUGGUGCUCAUGUUCUUUUAGAUGAUGAUACAGAUUUAGGUUACGUAGAGGAUGGAGCUCCAUGCGGUCCUCAAAUGAUGUGUCUGGACAAAAAGUGCCUGCCAAUUCAAUCCUUGAACAUAAGCAGCUGUCCCAUUGGUUCGAAUGGAAAAGUCUGUUCCGGUCAUGGGGUCUGCAGUAAUGAAGCCACUUGUAUUUGUAAUUUCUCCUGGGCUGGGACAGACUGCAGUAUUGAUGAUCCUAUCAGGGAUACUGGUAACAAGAAAGAUGAAGGAUCCAAGGUUCUUACCUCCUGUGGAACUGCUUUCCAGUGUUGGUGCUUUCAGAAGGACCCAGGACCUGCUGCAUUCUUUCUGGUAUUUCUCCCACCGCUGUUCUGGGCUCCGAGCGAUGCAGCAGAGCUGGCGGUGAGAGAGACGGCAGCGCUCCCUGUGCAUCCCGUUGGCACUGGCACAGUCGCAGCACUGGUGUUCCAGGCUCCUCUGCUUCAGUUAUCAGAUUUUCAUAUGACCAUACGGUACUGUGGUGUCAAGUCCAAAUCAAACAAAUGUCAAAAAACGAAGGUUCGAUCCAAGUCAACAAGGCCCUAUCUGAAGAAAUGCAAUUUAAAGAGCUGCUUCUUUCACUACUGGAUUUUGGGUAUGAUAUCUUUAGCUGUGCAGGAACUAAAUAAGGAAGAACAUAAACCAUAGCUACAACCACAACGUUGAGAUGUUUGGAAUUGAGGAGAGAGAAAACUGUCCUUUCUGGAGAUAAGUUGAAAAUACUUCCUCCAUUCACCUUUCACUGGUUAUUAUUAACUGAUAAGUUAAUAGCAAACUAUUUCAAAAUCGGUUUUCUUUUUUUCUUUUCUCAAACAAAGGAAGAGACAAAGACCAAGUGCAAUAAGAGAACUAUUCAAAAAUCAUGAAAUAGCAAGAGAUUUUUUUCCAGCCUACAGGCACUCUAACUUCACUUGCGUUCGCAUGACUUCCUUUCUCUUAACAAACUCCGGUGGCAUGAGAAGCUAAUUUUGAAAGGGUAACCUGCAUGGCUCACAUUAUAAACAACCAAGCUAGCAAGCUGACCCCAAGCAGAAUCUGCAGCCCAAUAACUACAAACCACUGGGAAGCUGGUAGCAGGCUCCAACUGAUCUUUGGCCACGCAGUGCAUUUUGUCACCAGGCCUUGGAGCUCCCUGCUCUAUGAGCUCACUGUCUGCCAGACCAGGAGACUGUUGGAUAUGGAAGCAAGUGAGUGAUGGAUGGAGUUCUCCCGAGAAGGAAAAAGUGUAAAUAUGGAAAUAAGAUUUUGAUGUAUCAUUUUCACAGAUUAUAAAUAUAUAUAAAUAUAUAUAUAUACAGAAAAGGAUUUCCAUAUAAAAAGGUUCUAUUCUUUAUGUAAAUCUAUUUUUGAUGUUGAUUUUUUUUCUUUGUUGUUUUUUUUUUUUUUUUUUUUUUUUUUGCUCCCCUCUUAUUCUUUAGCAUGUUUUACAGCCAGUGCUCUGGACUUGCUCAAAAAAGGCAGAGAAUAGCAUGCAGAUGCAGGGAGUUCUAACACCAAACAGAUACGAUCCUAAGUUUGUGUGCUUGAAACUAAAAACAAUUGAAAUGUAUAAAUGCAUAUCUCUGUUUGACUAUAAGUCCGGAUUCCUUCUUCACUGAUUUUUUUGGCAGAUUUUUUGUAAUAUAAUGUAAGAAAAUAACACCCUCAAAUCAAUCACAGAAGUGCCAAGAUUUUUUUUUUUUUUAAUUCUAGCUUUUUUUCCUCCAGUUGUCUAGAUCCUGCGAUAUACAAAUUUAAAUAAGCCUUAAAAUACUUGCAAAAUGUUAAAAGCUUGGAAUAAGUUUUUCCUCCCUUCUGCUUACUCAAACCAACUUGCAAAGAUAAUUGACAUUUCUAAUGCACUCCCUGUAUCUCUUUGUUGCAUUCGACUUUUCCAAGUAUAAUGCAAAAAACAAAAAAACAAAACAAAAAACAAUCUUUCUCACUCUGCUUCUCCUAGCUAGUUACAAAAUACACAAAAUGCAUAUAAUUUAUGGGGUGUUGUAUGCAAGAUGUAUCUAAAUAAUUACAAGCAGAUUUUUCAGAAAAGUGCUGGGCAGCGGUGCUGUUCCUGUAGUAAGCAGGCUACCUGCAUGUCUGACAUGGGAAAGAUACGAAGAGAGCUUGUUUAGGACUCCUUUAUAGGCCUUUGAGAUCUGGGGCUCAUCCUGUUUGACUUCACUUUAAAAAAAAUACAUGGAGUAAAUCAUUUAAGUGAAGCAACCUAGAAAUUGUAUUGCUGCAACUGAUAGCCCAGAAGCAAAGACUUCUGUAAUUUUUGAUUUAAAGGUUGGAUAUUAGUAACUACAGAACUGAAGUUACGUGAGGUAUUCCAUCUAUUUUCAGUGGAAAUCCAUUCCUUAAGUUUGCUUUAGGAGCCAGAGCAUUAAGAAAAAUGCUGCAGAUUUCCUGUGACUGACUUUAAAAAAAAGUAAUCUUUCUCAUUUCAGUUUUAUUUCUUAUGGUAACGUUGAAUCCAACAGUCUCACAAGAGAAUUACUACGUAUCGUUUUGGUUGACAAUUACUAUUAAAUGUUUUCAAACAGCUUUAACAAUCACAUUAAACACUUACUACAUUAGGAGUUAAAGGUGCUGCACACAGGUAGUCGCUAUGGGUACAUAUUGGAAGUCAUAUCCUGGACAAUUCCUGCCUGGCCUGAAGCAGAACUAAGUUUUUAUGGCAAACCAAAAAUCCUUGCAAAUACAUCGAUGUCUUAUAAAGUUAGUUUGCUUGGGAACAUGAUCCCAAGUUCCUAACAGUUCUGCUCCCAAAGCUGUGUAACCACAAUGGAAAUACUACUGGUUACCAAAAAUUAAAGUGAAUAAAAUCAACUGGAUGUAUGUAAGCUACCUGUGUAAUAAACCUUUGAGAAUCAUUUCACAAACAACAUUGUAAAUGUGCGAUGUGAUGUUUUAAAUCAGACCACAGUGGUCCCCAACUCUAUGUACAUACAGUCAGUGCUGGAGUAACUUUUUAUUUACCCCAGCAGUUUCAUAGGAAUUAUGAUUUCCUGACUGAGUUUACGCUCCACUCGUCAGCUGUUGCCUGUACGUGGAAGUACACAGUGGCUUUCUGCCCCACGUGUAUAGAAUACAAGUGAUGACACAGCGCAGAGCAGGUCGAGGCUGAAGUGCUUUCUGUGGCAUUAGACAAUAAAAGCUGUUGUAGUUAGGUGCUCAUUUUCUACACUGUCUUUGCUGUGCUUUGAAAGGUACGUGUGCAUUUAAUUUGUUCAUCACUGUCAUCAAAUGUCACUACCAGUAACGUCUGUGGUUCCCCCACUGUAUGUUUGCUCCAUUAUUUAUCUGUUCACCUGGACAAGAAACUGUGGUUACUGUACAGCUUAUUCCAGUUUGCUGCAUGCUCUCACUGAAUUGAUGUGAUCCUAAAAGAGAAUUAAUUUGCUAGGCAAAUUAACAGAUGUAUAGGUGCAUGUUAAAGGGAUUAUUUAAGGCUGGAGUUUAACAAAUCUUUCUUUACUAUGCAAAGAUGGGUACUGCACUAAUUUAAGACAGAUGUCUGAGGAAAUGCCAUAGAAUACUUGAAGUCUAAGCCUACUCAGUCAUGUUCUAUAUUCAUUAUUGCUUCCACUAUUUUUCUUUCUUUUUAAGAUUAUUUGUAAUUAUUUUUAAGUGCACAACUUGAUGUUAAAUAUCAGUUUUUGUUGGAAGACAAUAUUCAUAUUUUGUUGGCUGCUAAUGAAUGGAAACUCAAUAGUCUUUGUUCUGCAUCUUAGCAAGAUUAAAAGAUUUCAUGAACAUGGAA